CUUGACUUCAACCACAGCUGCCACCUCCAGGCAAGACAUCACUAUCAUUCUCAACAAAAGUGAAAAAAGAUCACAACAAAAAAAGAAAUGAAGGGCUCUGUACUAAUACCUUGCACUACUGCUUUCCUUCUUUUUGUUUUAUUGCAAGCAAGUUUGAUUUUGUAUGGAAGUGCAGUGGAAACUUCCACAAAUUCCACAGAUUAUCCAAUGAAUAUUACUUCCAAUAUGACUGUAAUGAAUAAUAUGACUUUAAAUACUACAGUGGCUCCCCCAGCUUACAACACCACUACAGGCACAAAUGGCACAAACUCAACAAUGGUAUCCUGUCGAGUCCUCUCUUGUAAUUACUCAGCAUGCUACAGUACAUUUAUGAGCACAAAUGUCACCACUUGCUCUGCUGCUGAAAAUCUCUGUGAGCUGAGAAGAGAUGGCGAUGCAACAUAUUCGGUGAGGUGCACAAGCACCUGUCUUAGUGCCUGUGCAAACACCUCUCAGAACAACUGCUCCAUUAAUUGUUGCUCUGACAAUUGUGUCAACUUCACUCUAAACAGCUUUCUCAACUCUUCUGUCAUAAUGACUACUACAAUGACUCCGACUACCACCAUCACCACGGCUAAGAGUUCUACUGUUGCAUCCACUACUAUGGCAACCAAUGGCAAGAAGUGUAAUAAGUUUACCUGUAAUGGAGACAACUGCUAUCAAGGCAAUGCUAAUGUUGGGAUGUGUGCUCCUGGUCAGAACUACUGUAUGCUGAAAAAGACAUCAGUUGUAACUGUAAUGACCUGGACAGCAAGCUGUGUUGAGGACUGCAGUAAAGAGACAGUGUGCACAUCCUACAAUACCAACUGCAUCCUAGAGUGUUGUAAUGCUAAUACCACAACUUCCUGCCUCAAGCUGAAUGGCCAAACUUACAUUCUUGGCUCUGGCGUUAUGGCUCCAUGCUCUUACAUGCCACUUCUGUUGUCUUCAUUUUUCAUUUGGUUAAUGAUAAUGGGAAGAUCGACAGAUUAGACUAUAAGUGCAAUGAGCCUGUGUGGUGUGUGAGUGUUUGUGUGUGUGUGUGUGUGUGUGUGUGAGAGAGAGAGAGAGAGAGAGAGAGAGAGAAAUUGUCUGCUAUUUAUUAAGCUGUAUGUAAACGAAAGCAUAUGCACGAUAUGUUAUAUAACGAGAGAAAAUAUAUAUAUGAUCAAAGAAUAUUUAUAAUUUAAUUAUGUACAUUUCAUAACUUAAGGCCUUAAGGUACAAAAAGCAUAGCGAGAAAUUGUGUUAUAGCUGACAAAUUUAAUAUAUACAUUAUCUGUCUUAGGUUAGAAUGUUUUCUUUUGCAUUUGCAUAUAACAACAUGGCUUGAUGUGCAGCACACUGUCCAAUCAAUUGGGGCAUUUUGACCCAUGUCUAUUAUUCUGUGAUGUUUGGGUAAUGUGGAUUACUAUUUCUUUCUUCUUCUGCCAAAUCAUAUAAUAAUAAUAAUAAUAAUAAUAAUAAUAAUA